AUGUUAUGUGCUGAUGUAUUUGAUAGAUCCAUAUCAAUAGCUUGCUGGGUUGUUGUAUUUUCUCCUCAGAUAAUUGAAAACUUCCGACGGAGCUCCGCUGAUGGACUUUCUCUGGAAUUCCUUAUCGUUUGGCUUGCCGGGGAUGUCUUCAAUAUUAUUGGAGCCGUUAUGCAAGGUGUUCUGCCUACUAUGAUCAUAUUGGCAGUAUACUACACUAUUGCAGACAUUGUCUUGCUUGGUCAAUGUUUCUAUUACCGUGGACUCGGUAUAUCAGAAAGCACCAAACCUCCAGAGCCGGAAGCUGGAAGAGCCAGCUCGUCAUCUGAAACUGCAAUACAAACGGUACCAUCAUCCGAGCGAACACCCUUACUACACAACACACCAGGAGGGGAACAUAAUGGCUCAAAUGGCAGACCGGCCACUAAGCAGCGACGGGAAUCUCUUACUUCAGUCGCCUCUUUACGAAACCACCUUACAGCUGUCGACGGAACCCAUCUCUCGCCAGCAGUGCCUCUCAGGAAAGAAGUCACCGAUACUCCCCCACGGCCGUCAUCAACGUUUCAGAUAAUAGCCUUCAACACCUUCAGCAUCACUCUCGUUUGCGCUGCUGGAAUUCUAGGGUGGUAUGUUAGUGCCACUUCAAGGAAGAGACAUCACAAGGGGGAUGAUAUUCCAAAAUCAGACGGCACGCUCCAAUUCGAUAUUACGGGUCAAGUGUUUGGAUAUCUUUGUGCUUUGUUCUAUCUUGCCAGCAGAAUCCCUCAACUCCUGCUGAAUUGGCGCCGGAAGAGCACUGAAGGAGUAUCGCUACUCUUCUUCCUAUUUGCAUGCAUUGGCAAUCUGACUUAUGUCCUCUCUAUCUUUGCAUACUCGCCGGUUUGCCAAGGUAAAAAUGGUAGGUGUCUACCAGGAGAACGACAAAGUAUAUAUGGACGGUAUAUGGCUGUUAAUGCUUCAUGGUUAUUGGGAAGCUUGGGUACUUUGUUCAUGGACCUGGCUAUAUUUUCUCAAUUUAUUCUGUAUCGAAGUAAGGAUGAAUGUAACAACAGCUAG